GUCAUUCCCAGGACAUCUCGUAUUCCAUCUCAUCAGGGGAUCCAGAUGGUUAUUUCACCAUGGACUCUACCUCCGGGGCGCUCCGUUCCUCUGUCCCUCUGGAUCACGAGGCCUGUCCCAGUCUCGACCUCGAAGUCCAGGCUCGCUACGGCUCGCCGCCCGCCUACGGAACCACACGCGUACGCAUCACCAUCUCAGACGUCAAUGACAACUAUCCCUCCUUCCUUCCCUCCUCCUCCGAAUCCCUCCUUCUCCCGGAGGUGACUAAAAUGGGAACGGUGGUGUACCGUGUUCAGGCCACCGACCGGGACUCUGGUCCAAACGGUCAGCUGAGUUUUGACCUGGUCUCGAUCGGCACGGGGGGCAGUAGCGGUCAAAGGAUGUUUGGCGUGGACCGGGGAAGCGGGGAGCUGAAGCUGAUUGGUGGACUGAACUAUGAAAGUGUUCCGCGCUACGACCUACAGGUGGUAGCUAAAGAUGGUGGAGCCCCCCAGCUCAGCUCUACCUUCACGUUAGUUGUACAUGUCCAGGCUCAGGAUGCGCAGGGCCCCGCAUUCGACACGCUAACCUACCGCGUGGAGCUACAGGAGAACACGCCUCUAAAGACACGCUUCCUACAGGUCCGCGCCCUUAACAGAGAGGCUGCUGGGAACGGCGGUAGCUCCGCCUCUUCCUCCUCCUCUUCCUCCGUGUCGUACAGACUGCAUCCGGACGGUGACGCGGCAGGGUUCGGGAUCGCCCCAGAUAGUGGGUGGUUGUAUGUUCGUAGCUCUCUGGACCGGGAGGCUAAGGACAUGUAUCUAUUGACGGUGUUGGCUACCUCUGGACCGGGAGGGCAGGGGGUGGCUGGGGCGGGCAGGACUGGCAGUGCCACGGUGAGGGUCUCUGUGACGGAUGAGAACGACAACAGUCCCCGUCUGAGUCAGGAGAGGGUGUUUCUGGCUGUGAGAGAGAACCUUCCGGCGGGUACGGGGUUCGGCCACGUGUCGGCUACCGACAGAGACGCAGGACUGAACGCCAGACUGACCUUCAGACUCCUGCACACUGACAGACACUUCCAGAUCAACGCAAACACAGGUGAGAUCAGUACUAGGUUAUCUCUAGACAGAGAGCAGCAGUCUAGCUACCAGCUGGUGGUUGUGGUACAAGACGGAGGCACGCCCCCUCGCAGCGCUACGGGUACUGCCCACAUCACCGUAUUGGAUGAGAACGACAACGCCCCUGUCUUUAGCCACGCCCACCCCGACAGGGAACUGCUCAUACAGAUGAUGGAGGAAUCCCAGCCUGGUACAGUCUUGGGGACAGUAACAGCUAAAGAUCCUGAUGAGGGAGAGAACGGAACAAUCCAUUACUCACUGUCAGGUUCCAGAGUGGAGUGCUUCUCAUUGAACCCCACCACAGGAGAACUGCGUUACUCGUCCUCUCUGAGACACGGUGAGAUGACUGAGUACAACCUGACGGUGUCGGCUUCUGACCUCGGCACACCUCCACACACCUCCACCUGUCCCCUACGCAUUCAGGUUCUGAGCUCCAGUAAGUCUUCUGCUAAGAACACUCUCUCCAUGACUCUCAACUCAGUGGAGGGCGUCGCCCCAGGCUCUGUCAUUGGUUCUGUCCGGUCACAUGACCAGAGUGACACGCUGUCAUUGGACGGCCAGGUGACGUACGUGGUGGUGGACGGGACGGACCGGAAGGGGACGUUCAUGGUUGACCGGGUUACGGGAGACGUGUACCUGGUCAGAGAACUGGACUAUGAGGAAGGGGAUAGGUACACUCUGCAUGUGGAGGUAUCAGAUUUCACGCUGGCGUACCCCAGCAGUCACAGAGUACAGCUGGACAUUAUCGUCCAAGACAGCAAUGACCACGCCCCCCAGUUCACCGAGGACCCCGUUACCAUAGUGAUACCAGAGAACACCCAGCCGGGAGCCUCCAUCUACACCUUCCAGGCUGCUGAUAAGGACGGCAGCGGUCCCAACAGCGAACUGCGUUACUCCAUCCAGCACCGCUGGCCCGACUCCCUUCACCUCCUGACCCUUGACCCUUCCACUGGGGUCCUGACCUUGGGUCAGGAGUUAGAUCACGAGACCACGUCUUCCCUCUACCUGGUUGUCAGGGCGACCGACCAGGCGGAGGACGUGUCCGCGCGGCGCUGGGGGUCAGUGACGGCCCGGGUGUUUGUGACGGACGAGAACGACAACGCUCCCGUGUUCAGCUCAUCCUCCGCCGUCAGUGUCAUGGAGGACCAGCCUGUCGGGUUCGUGGUUGUGUACGCGAUGGCUCGUGACGAGGAUGAGGGAGAGAACGGACGAGUGUCCUACAGCAUCCAAUCAGGGAACAGCGCUGGACGUUUCAGCCUGAACCCCAACACCGGCUCUCUGUCCAUUCUGAAGGCUCUAGAUCGUGAGGACCAGGAAGUGUUUAACCUGACCAUCAUAGCUGAGGAUCAUGGGAUGCCCCAGCUGUCCACCAAUCAGGUUCUGUCUGUCCACGUGAUUGAUGUGAACGAUGAGCCGCCGCUUUUCCAGGGGGAGGAGCUAGAGGCGGAGGUCAGAGAGAACCAGGAAGCGGGAACCACGGUGAUCACCGUCACGGCAACGGACAGAGACCAAGGUUCUAAUGGCCAGGUGACAUAUGGAGGUGUAACAGAGGAAGGCUUCACCAUCAACCCUGUGACAGGGGUCAUCAGUACUACCAAGACCCUGGACAGAGAGACUCGGGACCACUACACACUCACAGUGUCUGCCAGGGACGGGGGCCUGCCUCCUAACUUUGCCAAGGUGGUGGUGCGUGUGUUGGUGCAGGAUGAGAACGACAACGUGCCGGUGUUCGCCAGGCCCUGGUACGGCCUAGAGGUCCCUGAGAGCCAGAGCCCCGUGGAGCUGUGUAUUGUCAGGGCUGCUGACGCAGACACGGGACCCGCGGGAGACAUAGAGUACAGGAUCACUGCUGGAGACCCAGACGGAGACUUCCAACUCCAUGUCAGUACAGGGGCCCUGUCCACGUCUCGUCCCCUGGAUCGGGAGCUGCGGGCAGGGUACAACCUGCAGGUGGUGGCCCUGGACCGUGGUUCUCCUGCUCUGAGCAGCACAGCCACAGUGGAGGUGAGGGUGCUGGAUGUAAAUGAUAACAGUCCAUCCUUCAGCAGCAGCAGCUACACCGUAGACGUCUCAGAGGACGCCGCCCAGGGAACUACAGUCUUAGAGGUCACGGCCACAGACGCAGACGAGGGGGAGAACGGGAAGGUUCUGUAUUUCCUGAGUCAAGAGGCGAGGGGCGCUUUCACCGUUGACGAAAACACUGGGCGUAUCACUACGGCGUCGCCGGUGGACCGGGAGAAGAGGGCGUCGUACAGCUUCCAUGUGUUCGCUGUGGACCUGUCACCUGCAGAGCCCAGAAACACCUCAGCUCAGGUCACAGUGACGAUCCUGGACAUAAACGACAACGCUCCAUUCUUCAUCCAAGACCCCCUCGUCGUCGAGGUCUCGGCCAGCCAAUCACAUCGGGUCCUGGCCACCAUGCGGGCCGAGGACAAGGACUUUGGUGCCAACGGUUCUGUGUUCUACCGUUUCGCCGGUCCGGUGAGGGGUUUCAGCAUCAACUCCCUAACAGGAGAGAUCCAGGGGACGGAGGGGAUAGACAGGCUGAAUCAGGCCCAGAGGACCCUCAUGGUGGAGGCUAUGGACCAGGGAACCCCGGCCCAGUCCAGCCUGGGGGUGGUGGUGGUCUAUGUAAAGGAACAGGUGUAUACAGGCAUCAGGUUCUCAAGGAACGCCAGAGAUGUCAGCAUACAGGAGAAUGCCGCCAAAGGUACGUCUGUAGCUCAGGAUCAGGCCGAGUACCCUGAUGGAACAAGAAGAGGGAUCAGCUAUAGCCUCUUCUCAGGAAACAGACUGCAGGCCUUCAGCAUCGGCACUAGCACAGGUGAAAUCUGGGUUCAGAGGUCGUUGGGUCUGGACUUUGAGGACACUCCCCGACUCCGCCUGGUAGUGAAGGCUGAGACGGCUUCGUCCAGCUCCUUCAUGGCCGUUAACCUGAUCCUGCAGGACAUCAAUGACAACCUGCCUCGCUUCCAGCUCCAGAACUACGUAGCCUACAUGAGAGAGGCCCAGGGUUACGACAUGCCAAUCAUACAGGUGGUGGCAGAGGACGUGGACCAGGGGCAGAACGGUCAGGUGACUUACUCUAUCCAAUCAUCGGGAGGCAUGAGCGGCCUGUUCAAGAUCAACCCUGUCACAGGAAGCAUCACCACCGCCGCCAUCAUGGACAGAGAGAUCUGGACUAAGACCAGGCUGGUCGUCACAGCGACGGACAGGGGCAGCCCGCGAUUGGCCGGUUCGGCCACACUCACAGUGAUCAUCGUAGACCUCAACGACAACAGUCCAACAAUCCCUCUGCCCCGGGAGGUCCGCAUUCCUGAAAACACCCUGAUCGGCACAGAGAUCACCUCGGUAACGGGUAAUGACGUGGACUCCAGCCCGGCCCUGUCCUACAGCCUCCAGCUGGACGGGUCGUCCCAGGGGAAGUUUGGGAUUCACCGCUACAGUGGAGGGUUGUCUCUGACCGCCCCUCUGGACUACGAGGACAGGACCUGGUACACACUGACCGUCAGGGCUACUGACUCCCAACACCACACUGAGGCUAAUAUCACCAUAUUGGUGGAGGACGUCAAUGACAACGCUCCUGCUUUCACACAGGAUCUAUACCAGGUUACACUGCCAGAACAUUCCCCGCCAGGCAGUCCCGUUGUCACGGUGACGGCGACCGACCGUGAUUCGGGUGAGAAUGGAAAGGUCACCUACAGAGUGACGUCGUCAACGCGAGGUGGCUUCUACGUCGACCCCAGCAACGGCACCCUGUUCAUCAGGGAGAGGGCAGAGUUCGACCCGGAGAACCCGUCAGUCAGCGUGGUCAUCGAGGCCUGUGACGGGGGAUCCCCGCCCCUCUCCUCCGUGACCACAGUACAGGUCCAGCUAUCAGAUGUCAAUGACAAUGCUCCCGUCUUCCACCAAUCAGAGUACAGGGCGACGGUGUUGGAGGACUCCAUCCCCGGGGCGACCAUCCUGACCCUGGAGGCCAUGGACGCUGAUUUCUCUCGGGACAACUGCGGCUUCGACUUCGCCAUUGCCAAUGGCAACACUGGGAACGUCUUCCAGAUCGAGAGCAGCGUGCGCUUCCUGGAGGGGCGGGGCUUCCAGACUGUAGGGACGCUCCUAUUGGCCGAGGUGCUGGACUUCGAGGCUGUGCCCCUCUAUAACCUGACGGUGGUGGUGUCGGACAGAGGGGUUCCACAGCGGAGUUCUAGCGUUGCCGCGGUGAUAACCGUUGGCGAUGUAAACGAUAACCCGCCGGCAUUCGGCAGGGCGGAGUACGCCGUGUCACUGAGUGAAGGAGCGGGCGCCGGGACUGAGAUAAUACGACUCACUGCCACAGACCCAGACUCGGCCCCCAACGCAGAGGUCAAGUACAGCAUCAGCUCAGGCGAUGAGAUGGACCUGUUCAUGAUUGACCAGUGGACCGGGGCGCUGCGGUUACAGCGACAGCUCGACCGCGAGCACCAGUCCUCCCACGUGGUCAUCGUCCAGGCCACGGAUGGCCACGGUCAUGUCGCCCUGACCCCGAUCAGCGUAGAGGUCAAAGAUGUGAAUGAUAACAGACCGUUCUUCCCCAUCGAGACUCUGACGGCUAGCAUCAGAGAGAACCAGCCGGUCAACUCAGCCGUGACCAUACUCCACGCCAUAGACCACGACACUGGGAUGUACGGCCAGCUGAGAUACUACAUGGUGGAGCGAGGUCAAGGGUCAGGAAUUACAGGGCGAGAGGCCUUCACCGUGGACCAGAGUUCAGGAGAGGUCAGGGCUAAGAUGACUUUUGACUUUGAGAAGGUAAACUCAUUUAAUUUUGUUGCUCUGGCGAUGGACGCCGGUAACCACUCGGCCACGGUGACGGUCCAGGUGUACGUGACUGGUGAGGAUGAGUACGACCCACUAUUCGUCUCCCCAGAGUUCUCCUUUGAGGUUCCAGAGGGAGCGAAGAGGGGCCAAAGCAUCGGACAGGUCCAGGCAAACGACGAGGACGGAGGUGUAGACGGUAUCGUCCUCUUCUCGCUCCCAAGCCCCUCCCUGUACUUUGACGUCAACAAAACAACCGGGGUGGUUUUCCUCAAGAUGGACGGGUCUUCUAGUCGCAGCAGCAACAGCGGGGGGCGGUCCAAAAGGGAGACCAGGACCAUGACUCUGGACGUUCACGCCCACAGCCCUCUGGACACGUCCCGGGUCACCACAGCCCAGCUGACCAUUGAUGUGACCAACACGUCCUUCGGCCUGGGGGCAGACCUCAACGUCCUGCUGAUUAUCAUCAUCGCCGUGUCCCUGGGGGUCGUCCUGCUACUGGUGGUCAUGGCUGUGGUCAUCUUCCUGGUCAAGUCAAAGAGACGCAGGAAGAACAAAGGACGGGACAACAGUACCGUGGCCUCGGGAACCACUCUGCAGAAACUGGACGAUUCCAAAUCUGGAGGAUCUGAGAGGAUCUAUCAUCAGACGUUACCAGGGUACGCCGGCGACCAAGGUGGAGCAGGGGCCGGGCCCUACCCCCGGGGGGGUUCCCUUGACCCCUCACACUCCAGCGGGCGUGGCUCAGCCGAGGCGGCGGAGGACGAUGAGAUCAGGAUGAUCAACGAGUACCCCCGCGUAGCGUCCAUCUCCUCGUCCAUGCAGGAGCACAUCUCAGCCCGCGGGCCGGACUCUGGCAUCCAGCAGGAUGCUGACCAGCUGUCGGACAUCUCCUGUGAGCCGGCCGCCCUGGAAGGAAGCACCUGGUUCAAAGGCAAGAAGCUGGGAGGGAGUCUCAGUGGAACCAUGCUGUCUGGACAGCUACCUGUCUACAGAGACGAGCUGGGAGGAGGGUAUCUGGGGGUGGGGAGGGGACUCAAUAUCUCCCAUCCUAAAGAGUACGCCUUCCCAGAGGAUGGGAAGCCCUUGGUGGACGGGUCUCUGACAGCCAUAGUGGCCAGUGACGAAGAGCUAAGGGGUAGUUAUAACUGGGACUACCUGCUCAACUGGUGCCCUCAGUUCCAACCACUAGCCAACGUCUUCACAGAGAUAGCCAGGCUCAAAGACGAGACAGCCCCACAGAACCAGACCAACCCACGCCAGCCCUUACAGCCCAAAGCCAAGACGGACCCCAAGCCUCGCAUCGACCCACCGCCCCUCAUCACCGCCGUCGCCCACCCUGGGGCCAAGUCCGUCCCCCCGAAGGUCCCUGUUAUCGGACGCACCUUCCCCCACCUGGCCACCCUACGACGGUCCCCCAUCAGCCACGAGGGCUCCAUCUCCUCAGCAGCCAUGUCCCCCAGCUUCUCCCCCUCUCUCUCCCCUCUCGCCGCCCGCUCCCCCGCCGUCUCCCCAUUCGGAGUAACCCAGGGCCCCUCGACCUCCAUGAUCAGUACCAGGGAUCCCAUGCUGGACCACAGCCCCGAUCACGAGAUGAGGAUCUGAGGAUGACGUUGUUUUUGAGGGUUUUUUUAGAGACGUUUCUAUAAUUUAUGUUUUUAUCACAUGACAAAGUAAAGGGUGCUGAGAUCUGGAUGUUAUAUCAGCUCCUAUGACACGUGAGGAAGUUGAACAAAGUGUUUUCGGGCUUCAGAGACAUGUUUCUCUGAUGUAGUUUCUUCAGAUGAGUUUUAGGCCGUAUUUCCUCAAAACGGAAGAGGAAUAUAGCGUGGGAACAUUUUGUAUUAGUGAGACCGAGUGAUUGCCAAGAUGAGGCUCGAGAAGAUGAACACUAAUAUUAUGAGAGGUCACAUUCACCCUCUUUUCUGAAGGGGACAUGUGGAUUAUCAUUUUCUACAGGAUGUAAUUUCUCACCUCAGAUAUCCCUCUACGGAGUGGUGGACCGUGUUGUGGGGUAGGGGAGGUUCGCAUUGACAACAGACCAGCCCUCUCCUCCCCUACUUGUACAUCAUGACGCAGGCCUCUGAGAAUUGCUACAGGGUUAGGAGAUUACCCAACCUCUCGGCAUCGAACAACCAUGACUUGAAUCCAACCCUGCAGCUGCAGACUGACCAUCCCUUCAGACAGAGGUCCUUAGUAGAGAUAAAAUGACGUAUCGGCUGCAGACUGAUCCUCCCUGCAGACAGAAGGCCCUCAGUAGAGAUAAACUGACGUAUCGGCUGCAGACUGACCCUCCCUGCAGACAGAAGGCCCUCAGUAGAGAUAAACUGACGUAUCGGCUGCAGACUGACCCUCCCUGCAGACAGAAGGCCCCCAGUAGAGAUAAACUGACGUAUCGGCUGCAGACUGACCCUCCCUGCAGACAGAAGGCCCUCUGUCAUGAAGUCCGUAGACACAGUAGAUUUUCAGUAGUUUUCAGGUCACUCCUCGCUGGCUGGUCAGAGAGAUAAAGGAUUCCACUAUUCCUCUCUGUGACUUCCGUCUCUUCACAUUCUAGAUCUCAAUUAAAGUUGAGAUCUAGAAUGUGACCAGUGUUCCGUUGUGGUGUUCUCACAAACAAAAUGACUGCUUUACAUAACAGACAAAAUGGCUGCUUACAUAACAGACAAAAUGGCUGCUUACAUAACAGACAAAAUGUCUGCUUUCAAAAUGGCUGCCGUUUCCCCUUCUGUGGAUCCAAUGGACCAAGUACACGUGUGUUGAAAAAGACAUUAUACACUAGCCAGUGUUUUGUACGUUGGAAACGGGGACUGAGGCUCAUGUUUUACUUUGUUGCUACAGAAGACGCAUUAUUUUCUCUUUGGUUGUAUUUUUUAUAUAUUUUUAUAUUGACCUUUGAUUUCUGAUGUGAAAUGCCAGGUUAUCGUUUCGUUCCAUUUAGAUAUAUGUAUAUUUGUAUGGAUGUGUAUGUACGCUAGCCACAUUAUCUAUGUGUUUCCCUGUCAUAGAUUUUAGAGCCACCGUCUUGUGUCUUUGUGGACUCGUGACAUUUGUGACGUGAGUGAGUGGGGAACAUUUUGUGUUUUGAUAAUUAUUUAUAUGAAGGAUUUGAACUGCUGGCCAUGUUGACAGCAGGCAACCACGUUCACUUUUCACCAUGCUGUAUUGUAUCUGAAAAAAAAACGUUUAAUUUUUUUGUCAAAAUGAAGAUCUUCUCAAAAUCCCGGCAAAACUUUGUAAAGACGAUCAGAGAUCAUUGGUCACUCGCCCUCAAACUCUGUGACCAAAACCAGACCUGUUCUCCUUGUUAGUAAACUGUUAUAACUGAUAUGUAGCGGAGGUGAACCGGACUCACGCUCUUGUGAUGAAAAUCUGUGUCACCCCGGUCCAAGAGGGAAUGUCCUCUUGGCUUAAUGUUUAAGACGUUGGUUCUCCAUGUCGGAGACCAGGGUUCAGAUCCCGCCUGUGACAUAUACACGAGACUCAGUGUAAGUAAACUGGCUUACACAGCAGCACACAUUCUCUCUGGAAUUCAUGGAGAAUUCCUUUUCCUGUUCACCUCUUGUGUCUUUUGUAUGAAGUGCUUCCGGCUCAACACAAAGGUCAAUGAUGUGAUGUCAUCGCUCCGUAUGAUGACUUGUAACUGUGAAGUGGUUCAACUUCAUACCAUAGAAAUACAAUGCAUAGAAUAUAGAUUGUAGAAUGGUUAGAAGAGGUUUACACAACUACUUUUAAAGGUAGCAGCUCAAUCAUUUAACUUCAAUUAGACCUGUCACGCUCCCAAAUGAUUGCUUCCAAAAUCAACAUACUGUGUGUUCUAUCUAUGCAUUCUAUUUCUAUGGUUUCAAUGCUACAGUUCUAGAUCUGUUGUUAGAUGUGUUUUACCAGGAGGUAGGGUAGGUAUAGAGGAGGUUAUCCAGGGUCCAUGUGUUUCUCUCAUCACCACACCCUCUGUGUCCUCUCCACGCUCCCAUUGUUGGGGCUCCGUCCUGGACAUCUGUUACCCUAGCAGGCCAGAGGCACACAGCUUUACCGCAACACUAAAUGUGUCCCAAAUGGCACCCUAUUCCCUGUAUAAUGCACUACUUUUGACCAGAGGGUUCUAGCCAGAGGGUUCUGAACAGAGUUCUGUUCAGAGGGUUCUGACCAGAGGAUUCUGUUCAGAGGGUUCUGACCAGAGGGUUCUGACCAGAGAGUUCUGUUCAGAGGGUUCUGUUCAGAGAGUUCUGCUCAGAGGGUUCUGAUCAGAGGGUUCUGACCAGAGGGUUCUGUUCAGAGGGUUCUGACCAGAGAGUUCUGUUCAGAGGGUUCUGACCAGAGGGUUCUGUUCAGAGGGUUCUGACUAGAGAGUUCUGUUCAGAGGGUUCUGUUCAGAGGGUUCUGACCAGAGAGUUCUGUUCAGAGGGUUCUGGCCAGAGGGUUCUGACCAGAGUGUUCUGUUCAGAGGGUUCUGACCAGAGGGUUCUGACUAGAGGGUUCUGUUCAGAGAGUUCUGUUCAGAGGGUUCUGACCAGAGGGUUCUGUUCAGAGAGUUCUGUUCAGAGGGUUCUGACCAGAGAGUUCUGUUCAGAGGGUUCUGACCAGAGGGUUCUGUUCAGAGGGUUCUGUUCAGAGGGUUCUGACCAGAGGGUUCUGACCAGAGGGUUCUGUUCAGAGGGUUCUGUUCAGAGGGUUCUGUUCAGAGGGUUCUGACCAGAGGGUUCUGACCAGAGGGUUCUGUUCAGAGGGUUCUGUUCAGAGGGUUCUGACCAGAGGGUUCUGUUCAGAGGGUUCUGUUCAGAGGGUUCUGACCAGAGGGUUCUGACCAGAGGGUUCUGUUCAGAGGGUUCUGACCAGAGGGUUCUGUUCAGAGGGUUCUGACCAGAGGGUUCUGUUCAGAGGGUUCUGUUCAGAGGGUUCUGACCAGAGGGUUCUGACCAGAGGGUUCUGUUCAGAGGGUUCUGACCAGAGGGUUCUGACCAGAGAGUUCUGUUCAGAGGGCACUAUAUAGGUAAUAUGGUGCCAAUUGGGACACACAGACUGUCUUCUCCAGAUUACUCUUCCUGUUGUUUAGUUCAGUCUCUGUUGAGUCAGUAAGGGGUGAUCAGCAGCAAUGUAAUGCUCUCCUGUUCUUCACAUGCCGCUUUCAACUCAACUGGGAACUCGGAUCCUCGGGAAUCUCAGACUUCCAAACUCAGUGUGUUCAAAACAACUGGGAACUCUUAAAAAAAAAAACGAGCUCCGAUCUGGGAAAAAAAAAUUGAACCGUUAUCCAACGUAGAAUUCCAAGUCAGAAACUCGGGCAUCUAUCUAGAACUUUGACUUUCCGACCUGAAGAUCACUGACGUCAUGAUUCUACAUAGGUUUUUUCCCCGAGUUACCAGUUGUCUUGAAAAGCACCAUACGGGAUAGUUUGGUUAACUCCGCUGUGCUGCAUGCCUGAUGAUAUCAUGUUACCAUACCAACAACUGUCUGCUUGCCCCUCGCUAACCUGGCUCUAACUCUGUCAGCCAGCUAAACGGGCGGCAGGUAGCCUAGUGGUUAGAGCGUUGGGCCACUAACCGAAAGGUUGCUGGAUCGAAUCCCUGAGCUGACAAGGUAAAAAAUCUGUUGUUCUACCCCUUAAUAAGACAGUUAACCCACUGUUCCCCGGUGGGCCGUCAUUGUAAAUAAGAAUUUGUUCAUAACUGACUUGCCUAGUUAAAAUAAAGGUUACAUUUAAAAACAUGGUUUGAGCCUGGCCUCUCACUAACCUGGUCAGACCACUAGACAUGGGAUGAGCCUGGCCUCUCACUAACCUGGUCAGACCACUAGACAUGGGAUGAGCCUGGCCUCUCACUAACCUGGUCAGACCACUAGACAUGGGAUGAGCCUGGCCUCUCACUAACCUGGUCAGACCACUAGACAUGGGAUGAGCCUGGCCUCUCACUAACCUGGUCAGACCACUAGACAUGGGAUGAGCCUGGCCUCUCACUAACCUGGUCAGACCACUAGACAUGGGAUGAGCCUGGCUUCAUAGCAGCAGACCACUAGACAUGGGAUGAGCCUGGCCUCUCACUAACCUGGUCAGACCACUAGACAUGGGAUGAGCCUGGCCUCUCACUAACCUGGUCAGACCACUAGACAUGGGAUGAGCCUGGCCUCUCACUAACCUGGUCAGACCACUAGACAUGGGAUGAGCCUGGCCUCUCACUAACCUGGUCAGACCACUAGACAUGGGAUGAGCCUGGCCUCUCACUAACCUGGUCAGACCACUAGACACGGGAUGAGCCUGGCCUCUCACUAACCUGGUCAGACCACUAGACAUGGGAUGAGCCUGGCCUCUCGCUAACCUGGUCAGACCACUAGACAUGGGAUGAGCCUGGCCUCUCACUAACCUGGUCAGACCACUAGACAUGGGAUGAGCCUGGCCUCUCACUAACCUGGUCAGACCACUAGACAUGGGAUGAGCCUGGCCUCUCACUAACCUGGUCAGACCACUAGACAUGGGAUGAGCCUGGCCUCUCACUAACCUGGUCAGACCACUAGACAUGGGAUGAGCCUGGCCUCUCACUAACCUGGUCAGACCACUAGACAUGGGAUGAGUCUGGCUUCAUAGCAGCAGACCAUCAACACAGUGCCUUCGUGUUGUAGUUCUCUUGCUGUGAGUCCCAAAUGGCACCCUAAUCCCUGUAUAGCCCAUAGGGCUCUGGUCUAAAGUAGUGCACUAUAUAGGGAAUAGGGUGCCAUAGGGCUCUGGUCUAAAGUAGUGCACUAUAUAGGGAAUAGGGUGCCAUAGGGCUCUGGUCUAAAGUAGUGCACUAUAUAGGGGAUAGGGUGCCAUAGGGCUCUGGUCUAAAGUAGUGCACUAUAUAGGGAAUAGGGUUCCAUAUGAAAUUCAAAAUUGAAGACUGCUGCCAACGAUUCAGCAGCACACAGAACAGAAAUCGUCUGUAUAUGUAUUUGAAAAAGCAGAGAAUAAAUUCAUACUGGUCUCUUUUGACAAACGGGAGUCUGUUUCUUUCCUCUCUUUUCUGACUCUGAAAAUAAAGUUAUAUUCCAUUUGAGGGAAUUAAAAACUAAUCCAAGUGUAACAGAGUCUCUCUGGUCUUUUGAACAGUUAAGAUGUAGAGACAGAGUCUGAGGCCCAGAUGGUACCCUAUCCCCUAUACCGUGCACUACCCUAUAGGUCCUGGUCAAAAAUAGUGCACUACUAUAGGGUCCUGGUCAAAAGUAGUGCACUACUAUAGGUUCCUGGUCAAAAUAAGUGCACUACCAUAGGCCCUGGUCAAAAGUAGUGCACUACCAUAGGCCCUGGUCAAAAGUAGUGUUUUACUGUAAGCCCUGGUCAAUAGUAGUGCACUACCAUAGGCCCUGGUCAAAAGUAGUGUUUUACUGUAAGCCCUGGUCAAUAGUAGUGCACUACCAUAGGCCCUGGUCAAAAGUAGUGUUUUACUGUAAGCCCUGGUCAAUAGUAGUGCACUACCACAGGCCCUGGUCAAAAGUAGUGCACUACUAUAGGCCCUGAUCAAAAGUAGUGCACUACCAUAGGUCCUGGUCAAUAGUAGUGCACUACCAUAGGUCCUGGUCAAUAGUAGUGCACUACCAUAGGUCCUGGUCAAAAGUAGUGUACUACUAUAGGUCCUGGUUAAAAGUAGUGUACUACUAUAGGCCCUGGUCAAAAAUAGUGUACUAAAAUGAGAUUAUGGUGCGGUCUGGGACGCUACCUGUGUCAGAGUCUCCCUUCAUUAAAAACCUAUUAGCGGGGCAGGAUGCCAGGGAGCGAGGGCCUCAUCUCCACACUCUAGCCAGCUCUGGUCCUACAGCCCUGAUCCUACAGCCCUGGUCCUACAGCCCUGCUACAGCCCUGGUCCAACAGCCCUGAUCCUACAGCCCUGGUCUUACAGCAAUGAUCCUACAGCCCUUAUGCAACAGCCCUGGUCUUACAGCCCUGGUCCUACAGCCCUGGUCCUACAUCCCUGGUCCUACAGCCCUGAUCCUACAGCCCUGAUCCUACAGCCCUGGUCCUACAGCCCUGGUCCUACAGCCCUGCUCCUACAGCCCUGGUCCUACAACCCUGAUCCUACAGCCCUGGUCCUACAGCCCUGAUGCAACAGCCCUGGUCCAACAGCCCUGAUGCAACAGCCCUGAUCAUACAGCCCUGGUCCUACAGCCCUGCAACAGCCCUGGUCCUACAGCCCUGAUGCAACAGCCCUGGUCCAACAGCCCUGAUCCUACAGCCCUGGUCCUACAGCCCUGAUGCAACAGCCCUGGUCCUACAGCCCUGAUGCAACAGCCCUGGUCCUACAGCCCUGGUCCUACAGCCCUGGUCCUACAGCCCUGGUCCUAUAGCCCUGGUCCUACAGCCCUGAUGCAACAGCCCUGGUCCAACAGCCCUGAUCCUACAGCCCUGGUCCUACAGCCCUGAUGCAACAGCCCUGGUCCUACAGCCCUGAAUUAACAGCCCUGGUCCUACAGCCCUGGUCCUACAGCCCUGAUCCUACAGCCCUGAUCCUACAGCCCUGAAAAGCUGCCAUAUCUGGGAGAGAUGAGGUUACAGAAUGUCCAAACUGCCUCAGCUGAGACACACACACACACACACACACACACACACACACACACACACACACACACACACACACACACACACACACACACACACACACACACCAGUGGCGGUCGGUGCCGUUUAUGAUGAGGGAGGAAGAUUAUAAUUUGAAUGAGCACGGUCGUAUUCCUUUUACAGUGUAUCGGAUGACUGUCAUUCAUAUUCCAUUCACCCAGUUCAAUGUACCAGUGAUAGGUUUAGGUUACUGUCAUUCAUAUUCACCCAGUUCAAUGUAACAGUGAUAGGUUUAGGUUACUGUCAUUCAUAUUCCAUUCACCCAGUUCAAUGUAACAGUGAUAGGUUUAGGUUACUGUCAUUCAUAUUCACCCAGUUCAAUGUAACAGUGAUAGGUUUAGGUUACUGUCAUUCAUAUUCCAUUCACCCAGUUCAAUGUAACAGUGAUAGGUUUAGGUUACUGUCAUUCAUAUUCACCCAGUUCAAUAUAACAGUUAUAGGUUUAGGUUACUGUCAUUCAUAUUCACCCAGUUCAAUGUAACAGUGAUAGGUUUAGGUUACUGUCAUUCAUAUUCACCCAGCUCAAUGUAACAGUGAUAGGUUUAGGCUACUGUCAUUCAUAUUCACCCAGUUCAAUGUAACAGUGACAGGUUUAGGUUACUGUCAUUCAUAUUCACCCAGUUCAAUAUAACAGUGAUAGGUUUAGGUUACUGUCAUUCAUAUUCACCCAGUUCAAUGUAACAGUGACAGGUUUAGGUUACUGUCAUUCAUAUUCACCCAGUUCAAUGUAACAGUGACAGGUUUAGGUUACUGUCAUUCAUAUUCACCCAGUUCAAUGUAACAGUGACAGGUUUAGGUUACUGUCAUUCAUAUUCACCCAGUUCAAUGUAACAGUGAUAGGUUUAGGUUACUGUCAUUCAUAUUCACCCAGUUCAAUGUACCAGUGAUAGGUUUAGGAUACUGUCAUUCAUAUUCACCCAGUUCAAUGUAACAGUGACAGGUUUAGGUUACUAUCAUUCAUAUUCACCCAGGUCAAUGUAACAGUGAUAGGUUUAGGUUACUGUCAUUCAUAUUCCAUUCACCCAGUUCAAUGUAACAGUGACAGGUUUAGGUUACUGUCAUUCAUAUUCACCCAGUUCAAUGUAACAGUGACAGGUUUAGGCUACUGUCAUUCAUAUUCACCCAGUUCAAUGUAACAGGGAUAGGUUUAGGCUACUACACAAUACUCUAAUUUUCUCUGUACCCAUCAUGAGGUGGCUACAACCUAGCCUAUGAAUGAAAGUUUACAACGUAGGUGCACACAGGUCGAGAGGAAAUAGAAUAAUCAAUGUGACAAAUGUUGACACAUUCAAUGCCGCCUCGUACACUCUUGCCUGCAUCUAGCUGAUCUAGGGUGUAUUCAUUAGUCCAACAGUUGCAAAAGAGAGUUUCUAUUGGUCGAAUUCAGGUAUGUUUAUCCCGGUUUCGUUCCGUUUGCUUUCGUUUAAGAAAAGUUUUUCAAACAGAAUCGUCGGAAUGAACCCUGAUCACACGCAAACACAGUUCACUUUCACAGCAGCCAAAUCGUUGUAUAAUUCCUUCUCACAUCCACACGCUCUCCUCCGCUCACCUUUUCCCUUCGAUUGUGGACUUCAGUCCACAACACAUCAGCUGUCUGUGACCAGGCGAAAAACCCUUUCCAAGCCAAACCUUCAUAUUAUAAACGCUAAUCGCUAUACACAGCAUACAUCGUUGUCAACAUAUUAGCUAGCGUCAAGUCAACAACAUAACUACUAGAACUAACGCAUUACUUAACCCUCCAGAAUCAUCCAGUACAGUCAGCAAGCAGUUUAGCAGUUACACCGGGCGGGCCCCGGUGGCAAUAAUUAAUAAAACCAAAAGCUUACCUUGACUUGGAGGAGUUCCAGUGUUGGAUAGCCACAGCCAGCUAGCUAACCUAGCAUCGCUCUCUGUAUGAGCCGGGUGUUUGAGUAGGCUAAACUAGCUUGCCACAUUCAAUACCUGCUGUAAAUAAGUGAAAGUUUGAGAAAACAUGGCUGAACAUCUAAUCUUGACGUGAGACUUCGAAAGCUAGUUGGCGUCUGGGAGUGAGGAGAUUCCAGAAUGUCUAAACUGCCUCAGCUGAGACACACACACACACACACACACACACACACACACACACACACACACACACACACACACACACACACACACACACACACACACACACACACACACACACACACAGUAUCUGGGAAUGUUGCUGCUACAGAAAGUUCAAACACCUUCUGCCUGACUUAUAGACCAGUUAACACCUGGUACUCUUCUGCAUGACUUUUGCAUUAGCAAAGCAGAGGUGCUGAGUUAAAGCCAGGUAUGAGCUGAGUCAGGAGGAUUUGGCAUGACGUCCGUAACAUGUGCGUGGCUGUGUGCUUGUGUGUAAGACACUUCCGCUCAGGUCUAAAUUCCAUUGUGCAGUUUCAGAACUGUCCCUGAUUCCCCUGUUGCUGCUCGUACGGAUACUUCUCUAGAGUCUGUUAGAUGAAUCCUUGACCAGCACACCAACCUGUUCUUCUUCUUCCUGUCUCACCCUCUUGCUUUUCUCUCUCCCCCCUCUCUCUCUCCCCCAUCCCUCUUUCUCUCCCCAUCCCCUCCCUGGUCUUGCCAUGCUGAGUUGCGUGACUAGCAGGAAAGGUGGAGGAAAGAGUCUCUGACUCUCUGAUUCUCUCUGACUCUCUCUGAAUCUCUCUGAUUCUCUCUGACUCUCUCUGAUUCUCUCUGACUCUCUCUGAUUCUCUCUGAUUCUCUCUGACUCUCUCUGAAUCUCUCUGACGCUGUCUGAAUCUCUCUGACUCUCUCUGAUUCUCUCUGACUCAUGAUCUAUGAAUCUCUCUGACUCUCUCUGACUCUCUCUAAAUCUCUGAUUCUCUCUGACUCAUCAUAUCUGACUAACUAUUUCGGGAGCUCUUUUUUUCUAUCGGUUUGUUGUUUCUUUCUCUUUUUUGUCUGUGGGUUCACGGAGUUAGAAAGUGACAGGAAAAAGGAGCCAGCUGAGCCUGACUAGGGCUGGAUCUCAUUUACACUGACCCUGCUGGAGACCACUGCCCCACUACAGUCACUCAGGACUAUGGAGGGAGGGAAGGAGGGGAGAUAGAGGAGAAUGGGAGAGAGUGGGGGGUUAAAAAGAGAGAGAGAGAGAGAGAGACAGAGAGAGACAGAGAGAGACAGAGAGAGAGAGACAGAGAAAGAGAGAGAGAGAGAGAGAGAGAGACAGAGAGAGAGAGAGAGAGAGACAGAGACAGAGACAGAGACAGAGACAGAGACAGAGACAGAGACAGAGACAGAGACAGAGACAGAGACAGAGACAGAGACAGAGAGAGGAUAAGACGGGGUAGAGCAAGAAGGAGAGAGGGACAGCCGAGAUAACACAUAACGUUCUGAGAACCACUUGUUUCUUAGAGCAUGGUGAAAGUGGGGUUGUCCUAUUGUUAAUUUGCAGACAACCUUGCCACAUCUUUCUGUGAAUAGUGCAGGAUAGUUGUUAGGCUUUGGAACAUUCUCAGCACAUUUAUGGAAAAAAAAAAUAAAAAAAUAAAGGGAACACUAAAAUAACACAUCCUAGAUCUGAAUGAAUGAUAUAUUCUUAUUAAAUACUUUUUUCUUUACAUAGUUGAAUGUGCUGACAACAAAAUCACACAAAAAUGAUCAAUGGAAAUCAAAUGUAUCAACCCAUGGAGGUCUGGAUUUGGAGUCACACUCAAAAUUAAAGUGGAAAACCACACUACAGGCUGAUCCAACUUUGAUGUAAUGUCCUUAAAACAAGUCAAAAUGAGGCUCAGUAGUGUGUGUGGCCUCCACGUGCCUGUAUGACCUCCCUACAAUGCCUGGGCAUGCUCCUGAUGAGGUGGCGGAUGGUCUCCUGAGGGAUCUCCUCCCAGACCUGGACUAAAGCAUCCGCCAACUCUUGGACAGUCUGUGGUGCAACGUGGCGUUGGUGGAUCGAGCGAGACAUGAUGUCCCAGAUGUGCUCAAUUGGAUUCAGGUCUGGGGAACGGGCGGGCCAGUCCAUAGCAUCAAUGCCUUCCUCUUGCAGGAACUGCUGACACACUCCAGCCACAUGAGGUCUAGAAUUGUCUUGCAUUAGGAGGAACACAGGGCCAACCGCACCAGCAUAUGGUCUCACAAGGGGUCUGAGGAUCUCAUCUUGGUACCUAAUGGCAGUCAGGCUACCUCUGGCGAGUACAUGGAGGGCUGUGCGGCCCCCCAAAGAAAUGCCACCCCACACCAUGACUGACCCACCGCCAAACCGGUCAUGCUGGAGGAUGUUGCAGGCAGCAGAACGUUCUCCACGGCGUCUCCAGACUCUGUCACGUCUGUCACAUGUGCUCAGUGUGAACCUGCUUUCAUCUGUGAAGAGCACAGGGCGCCAGUGGCGAAUUUGCCAAUCUUGGUGUUCUCUGGCAAAUGCCAAAUGUCCUGCACGGUGUUGGGCUGUAAGCACAACCCCCACCUGUGGACGUCGGGCCCUCAUAUCACCCUCAUGGAGUCUGUUUCUUUUUGCAGGGCAGUUUCUUUUUGCAGGGCUUGGUCAUUUUGCAGGGCUCUGGCAGUUCUCCUCCUGCUCCUUCUUGCACAAAGGCAGAGGUAGCGGUCCUGCUGCUGGGUUGUUGCCCUCCUAUGGCCUCCUCCACGUCUCCUGAUGUACUGGCCUGUCUCCUGGUAGCGCCUCCAUGCUCUGGACACUACGCUGACAGACACAGCAAACCUUCUUGCCACAGCUUGCAUUGAUGUGCCAUCCUGGAUGAGCUGCACUACCUGAGCCACUUGUGUGGGUUGUAGACGCCGUCUCGUGCUACCACUAGAGUGAGAGCACCGCCAGCAUUCAAAAGUGACCAAAACAUCAGCCGCCAGGAAGCAUAGGAACUGAGAAGUGGUCUGUGGUCACCACCUGCAGAAGCACUCCUUUAUUGGGGGUGUCUUGCUAAUUGCCUAUAAUUUCUACCUGUUGUCUAUUCCAUUUGCACAACAGCAUGUGACAUUUAUUGUCAAUCAGUGUUCCUUCCUAAGUGGACAGUUUGAUUUCACAGAAGUGUGAUUGACUUGGAGUUACAUUGUGUUGUUUAAGUGUUCCCUUUAUUUUUUUGAGCAGUGUAUAUACAUCUAUCCCUACCUUGUUGGCUUACCCAGUAUCUAAGGCUUGACUUGACAAUGUCCGAAUGUCAAUAAACUUUUUGAUGUUUCGUAA